UUCAUUGUGAUCGACGGUCCUUCGGCAGCGCAGUAAAACCUGAGCUUUGGGAGGUGGUAGCCUGCUGUGAUCCAGACCUGUUUUUUCAUGCUCACUGUUUUUUGUUUAGUUUUUUUUUUUUUUUUAAAAAAUAGAUGCACAUCUGCUAGCCGGAUUGAUCCCCCCCAGCAUCCUUGAGCAUCCCGGGCAGAGAUCGAUCGUCUGUUUUAUCCGAAGGCAACGCGAAGAGCAGAAGACACAUCACUGAUCAGCGCGAACAAUCACUUCCACUAAGCCUAAGGGAAGAUGGUUAAAGUGGGCAGCGGUUUAGCGGACAAAGGCAGCGCAGGCGCCGGCGGCGACGUGGAGGACGAAUUUCAGAGCGUCCCGCUCAUCACCCCGCUGGACGUGCAGCAUCUCCAGAGUCCGGCGCCCGACAAGGUUGUGGUAAAAACUAGAACCGAAUACUUGUCUGACCAGAAGAACAAGGGCAAGUUGAAGGUGCCCAAGGUUGAAGAACUUACCAUAAGCUUCACCGAUGGUGUAUCUGAAAGGCUCAAGGUCUCCGUUCUUAUUGUGCUGGCGUUGGCAUUUCUGGCCUGCAUAGUUUUCCUGGUAGUGUACAAGGCUUUUACCUAUGACCACAGCUGCCCAGAUGGAUUUGUGUAUAAGCAUAAGCGGUGUAUACCUGCCUCACUUGAGGCCUUCUACACCGCGCAGGAGCAGAACUCCCGAGGUCGCUUCUACACCGUCAUCAGCCACUACAGCAUGGCCAGGCAGGCCACCUCACGCUCCGUCUCUCCCUGGAUUCCCGCUGCCGGCGUCCAGCACGACCCCAAACGCCCAAAUUCCGGCAGCCAGUGAGCCUCCCCAGAAUGUGUGUCUUUUUAAUGAAAACCAACUACGUGUCUCGUUCUUUUGAUUUACUCAGUUAAUGCAUCAGAAUUACCCCUUGGCUGUUUCUCUUUAUUCGCUUCAUUUAUUUUUUUAUUGUUAUUGCUGCUUUUUUUUAAUUUCAUACUGAGUUUUUACAAAAGCAUUAACUUAAUGUUAAAUAGUUACAUGUUCCUCGAGGAUUUUUUUAUAAUGCGCAGUUCAGCUAAAUAUAUUUUGACACACGUUUCGGUUGUGUUUUGAUGUUAAAAGGACAAAUAGCAACCUUCAUUUUACCAAAAUAUAUAUUUGUGUCUCUCGUGCUGUAAGCACAUUUUGGUCACUCGAUGUUUAGGUGUUGUAGAUGUCAUUUUAAUAGGAUGGACACUAUUUAUUUAAACUGAUUUGUGUGUAAUAUUUGGGAAAAAAAACUUCUUGAUUGUAUUGUCAUGUUUCACCGAUGAAUAUCACUGGAGCUGUACUUUUUUUGUUGUAAGACUUAAGGGUGUCAGAGUGGACGAAAUAUUGUCACUUUGACAAGAUAACUUGCUCUGCAGGAUGGCAAACUAUUGUGUAAAAGUCUGUUAAGAAAAUUGAUAUUAAGAUCGCUUUGAUUUCAACUGGAGUCAUAAUUUCGAUUAAAAGGUUAUAUGUGCGAUAUCAUUAGCUGUAAUUGUCUUGAAAAUUUUUAAGGUUGUUUCUUGUUUUACAAAUGAUAAAUAAAGCAAACCGUGUG